CGUGUGUCCUGCUGUUUUCCUCCCGGUUCCCCCGGUGUUCCUGCCAUGGUGAAGAGGAGAAGCACCGGCUGCUGUGCCUCACACGACAGGUAACGGAAGCGACCGGAACUCCCGCGAGUCACGGAACUUUCCCCCGGUCCGUCGGUUGGCUCGGUUCCGCCUGUCAGAGAGAGAGAAGCGGCCGGUAGCUGCCCGGCUAACCCGCUAGCUCGUCUACGUGUAACCGCCGCCGCUCGCAUCACGAGCCGCGGCUCUCCUCGCCUCGGCGGCCCGCGCUGCUGCGAGUAUUUCAUGAGGACUGGACACGUUUGAGGUACUUUUACUACACGAGCCAACCAGGUAUGAAGGUGUUGACGCAUCUACAGCUGGGAAACGCGACAUGCACCUGAACGCAGCUGUGAUGUUGAUUCAGAAACGUCAUUUAUGAUGCUAGCCUCCUGGGAGGCUCCUCCCAAUGCCAUGGCGUCCAGCCACGGCUCCUCCCCAGCGCCUCGCGGAGGCCGAGACGGGACGUACCGCAAGGAGCGGGACGCGGCGCCGGCCCGAUGCCGGUCCGUCCGCUCGCUGCCCGACGUCUGCCCCAAGGAUCCCGCCGGCGAUGGGCGGGGCCUGUGCGACGGCCCGUCCGUGGUGGCGGAGCACGACCGGUGGACGGUGUACAGCUCGAAGGUCAACCUGCCCGCCGCGCUGAACGACCCGCGGCUCGCCAAGCGGGAGUCCGACUUCUUCACCAAGACGUGGGGGCUGGACUUCGCAGAGACGGAGGUGAUGCCCUCCUUCUACCUGCCCAACAUCACCCGGGAACACUUCGGCCCCUACCUGCAGGAGACGGCUCAGAGGGAAAGAAUCCACGAACGCUGCAAGACGAUCUGUCCCAACAAAGACGACGUGGACGCCGCCUCAAGCAUCGCCGCCAGCCACGAAAAGUCCAGAGUGGAGCUGGAACAAGUCCCGAAGAUCUUCAUGCGGCCCGACUUCGGCCUGGAGGACCCGACCACCUUCCACAGCGUGCUGCCCUGGUCGCACUUCAACAGCGCCGGAGGGAAGAGCAACCGAGACGUGGCGUCCUCCAAACUGCUGCAGGAGAAGCUGAGCCACUACCUGGACGUGGUGGAGGUGAGCAUCGCGCGGCAGAUCUCUCUGCGCUCCGACGCCUUCUUCCACGCCAUGUCGUCGCAGCACGACUUGCAGGACCGGCUGCAGGAGACGCAGCGCGCCGUGGCCGUGCUGCGCGACCGCACCGCCGCCAUCGACCGCAUCACGUGCCGCGGGCCGCUGCAGGCGCUGCGCACCGCGCUCACGCGCAGCAACUGCGCCAAGCUGCACGACAAGCUGAAGCUGAUGGCGGCGGUGCACCAGACGCAGCCCACCGUGCAGCUGCUGCUCGCCACCGCCGAGUUCGUCGGAGCGCUGGAGCUCAUCUCCACCACCAAGGAGGUGCUGCAGCAGGAGCUGCAGGGCAUCCACAGCUUCAGACAUCUGGGCUCCCAGCUGUGUGAGCUGGAGAAGCUGAUCGAUAAGAUGAUGGUGGAGGAUUUCAGCAUGUACGCCCGGAGCGACCUGAACCGCAGCCUGAGGGACGAGCCGCUGGUCCUCGAGAAGGGGCACAAACCAAACGCUGCCUCACAGAAGGAGCGUCUGGAGUCUCUGGUGUUCGGCCUGCUGCGCCAGAGGAAGCUGGACUUUCUGGAUAUUUACAGCGAUGAGAUGAUCGCGGCUGCGAAGGCCAUCGUCUCUCAGUGUGUGACAGAAAACGUUUUGCACAUGGAAGACAUCGACACUGAAGUCGUCACCAAGCUAGCGGACCAGAUGCGCCUCAUGACGUUCCCUCAGUGGUUCGAGCUGCUGGAGAACAUCUUCCAGAGUUUCCUUCUCUUCCUCCAGAAGAUCAAAGCCACCCUGACUGUGGUCAAGAACGUGGUCCUGGAGGUCCUGGCCUCGAACCAGAGGAACCGGCUCCUGGAGGAGGGCUCCUCGUCGGGGGCUCCUGCUCAGGAGGGCCCCCCCGGCCCGGCGCUGCUGCACGGGGAAGCCGAGCUGGCCUACCUGACCCACGAGGGCCUGUUCAUCAGCGACGCCCUGCACCAGGCCCAGCAGCAGGCGGUCCAGGAUCAGGGCUCUGAUGUGGGCUCCCGGGUCCAGCAGAGUCGGGCGGAGGCACCUGGCAGCGACCCGGCCCAGACCUCCGUCAGCCGGGACCAGAGCUUCAUGUACGGCACCGCACAGAUGUGCGGUGACAGCAUGAUGCCCACGGACCAGGAGCUGAACCGCGUGGUCCACAACCUCCAGGAGCUGCUGCACGCCGCCUCCGACGUCAGCCACGACCGCUGCGUCAAGGUCCUCACGGCCAGAGCCAAGGACGGCUCUCUGGAGCGCCUGGGCUCGGCGGACUUCGUGUGCCUGUGCCGGGCGGUGGAGACGUUCGUGGGCGACACGGAGGAGCUGAGCUGCAGGCGCAGCGGCAGCCUGCGGGGGGCGCUGCAGAGCCAGGCCAACCGCUUCGUGCACCGCUUCCACGACGAGCGCAAGACCAAGCUCAGCCUCCUCCUGGAUAACGAGCGCUGGAAGCAGGCCGAGGUCCCCACUGAGUUUCAGGAUCUGGUGAACUCCAUCGCGGAUGGAAGAAUAACACUACCGGAGCGCAAAAUCCCAGGUACUGAGGACAGGAAGCCCGCCGAGUUCCUGCUGGUCAACGGGCAGAAAUACGCCGUCGUCGGGACGGUGCUGCUGCUGAUCCGGAUGUUUCUGGAAUACUGUCAGUGCAUCAACGACAUCCCGUCCAUCGCCACCGACAUGCUGACGCGCCUGUCGGACCUCCUCAAGCACUUCAACUCUCGGAGUUGCCAGCUGGUUCUGGGAGCCGGAGCUCUGCAGGUCGUCGGCCUGAAGACCAUCACCACCAAAAACCUCGCCUUAGCCUCCCGCUGCCUGCAGCUGGUGGUUCACUACAUUCCCGUCAUCAGAGCUCACUUUGAGACCAAACUGCAGCCCAAACAGUUCAGCGUGCUCCGACACUUUGACCACAUCACCAAGGACUACAACGAUCAUGUGGCCGAGAUCUCCGCUAAGCUGGUGGCCAUCAUGGACAGCCUGUUUGAGAAGGUGUUGUCGAAGUAUGAAGUGAAGGCCCCGAUGCCCUCGGCCUGCUUCAGAAACGUCUGUAAACAGAUGUCGAAGAUGCACGAAGCCAUUUCAGAACUUCUACCUGAAGAACAGAUGCAGAUGUUGUUUCUGAGGAUCAACGCCAGUUUGAAGAUGCACCUGAAGAGGCAGCUCGCUCGACUCGGAGUCGUUAAUGACGGAGGACCUCAGCAUGGACUCGUCGUGGUGGACGUGGCGUUCUACACGGAGAACGUCCAGGCGCUGAAGAACCUCGACCGGCUGGACCUGAACAUGGUGGAGAUCUGGGAGCAGAAGAGGUGAUGGAGGACCACCAGGACCACCAGGACCCGAAGAGACCCGGAGACGGGAGGCCGGCAGACCUCUUGGGGGCGGAGUUACGGGGGCCAGGAGGCCGGCAGACCUCUUGAGGGCGGAGUUACAGGGGGGGGGUCGACGGAGGCCAGGAGGCCGGCUGAGGGUGGAAGGAGGCGCUGGAGGCUUUCUGAACAUCUCCACACACACAGCCUCCUGAAAGAAGCUCCGCCUCCUCUUCUCACCGUGUGCAAUGCAGCAGAAAUAGUAAAUUAUUAGCGGUCUCAGUGAGUUGAGGGUGUAGAUAAUGGUGAAGAGAUGACGGGGUAAUUUAUUUGUCUGACUCUUUGGAGAACUGGUUUUUAUUUUUAUUUAAGGGAUUUUUUUUGUCGUCAGACAAACACUAAACUUUGUUUGUUUUCAGGGUUCAGAUUACGCCAUUUUUAUUUUAUUUUCCUUUCUUCCGGCAUCUUAAAGCACCGACACGGUUCCCUUCGCGGUGUUUACAAACUCUCUUUUUUUUUUUCACCAGCUGGUUUUUGGGGUUUUAUUCUCUGGUGACGGAUAGAGGGGAUUCCUCAAACUUUUAUAACAACAUAUUACAGACUCGACGUCUGGGACCUCGGAGGAAAAACUAAAAAGAACUAUUAAAAAAAGAGAGAGAGAGAGAAAAAGUGUGAUUUUGAAGAGUUUUAUUUCCUGAACACUUUAAAACCAACAGACUGUGAACGCACCACAACUCUCCGCUGCAGCCGUCGUUACCAAAGUAAAACACUUUGGGAAUGAACUCUUUAGAUUUACACUUCUUUUUUCUUUCUUCAAACUUUCCCAAUUAUGCAUAAAGUUUCCUCCUGAUGAUCCAGAGACUCUUUUAUACGUGUGUCUGCAGCAGCGGGAUCAGCUGCUCCCUCCACUCUGACUUCACCUGCAUGAAGAACGACAGCUUUUGUUUCCUGAAACGACUCGAAGCGGAACAGGAAAUCUUUUUUGGGGUUGUUUUUAAAUGAAGAAAAAAGGGAGAGAAAAACAAAACGGCGCAUUUUUUUUGGACAAUUACAUUUACGUCUCCCUGAACUCGAUGCCACUUUCUCGCGGUGCGGUCAGGCGCCGCCUCUUCUUCUUCCCCUUCCUCUUCUUCUCCUCCUCCCCCCUCUUCUCCUUCUUAUCAACAAUGUCUUAAUUCCUCUAAGCAAAAGAAAACGGUGUGCUUUUUUAUUUGUUUUAUUUAAAUUAGUUGAGCUAACAUAACAAAGACAUGUUAUUAUAUUUCUUUCACUUUUUUUCAAUUCAUCCCCCCAAUUCUUUUUUCUUUCUUGCAAAUCCUGAGCAUGCCUGAUCACAAUUCAGUUUUCCUCAAACGAGAUUUUCUGUUCCCGACAAACACACACACCUGUCCGGCUGCGGUCGCAUCCCCUCACGUCUCCACUGCAACGCUACAGGCCCACCUGCAUUAGUCAGCUGCAGGACUUUAAUAGGUUUAUAAAUGCUCUUUAUCUCCCGGUUUAUCCUGAGAGAUCUACUUUGUUAUGCUGAAAUAAUGUGAUGCAACAACCACAGGGGUUUAGGGACAAAUGUGACAAAAUCAUAUAUAUAUAUAUUAACUAUAUACAUAUUUAUAUAAAUAUAUAUAUGUAUUAUAUCUAUUUAUAUAAAUAUUUGUAUAUAUAUUUAUAAAUAUGUAUUAUUUAUAAAUAUAUUUAUUGUAUAGAGAAUCUGAGUGUGAUGCGACGGCAGCUUUCUUCAGUUUCUGGGAACAAAGCAUCAACUCAUCUGCUUCAGAAGUGCCUCCUUUAGACCGUCAGACGACACAUCUGAGCUCCACUGCAGUGUGCCUACCAUACCACUGUGUGCGAGUGUGUGUGUGUGUGUGUGUGUGUGUGUGAGAGAGUGUGUGUGAAAGUGUGAAUGAGUCGGGCUGCAUGUAUGAGAAUCCAAACUGUAUUGAAUUCCUUCAAACCUGAUGUGAAUAAAACUCGACGCAGCGACUCGUGUUCCUUCA